CUUUUCGUUGCCGUUGGCGAUGAGUAGAGCGUCAGAGACUUCGGCUUCGCUGGUUCGCGUGAGGUAGAGCUUCGAUCGACUCGAUUGCCAUUGCCUGUCUAGGGUUUGCUUUUCCUCUUCUGCAUUUAUUCGUUGCUGUUCUGCUUCGCAUGAAGUAGAGUUCUGAAAGAGUAGAAGCUUCUCGGCCUUCUCUUCUCUUUGACGUUGUUCCUGUUGAUAGGAAGUUGCGCCAGGAGAUCGCCGCGAAGUCAACGAUAUUUCUCCCCUUUCGCGCGCUUCUUCGGUCGGAUUUACGAAAUCCGCAAAAAAUUCGGGUUUACGAUAUCCCGGAUUUGGGGCAAAAAUGACGAAAACGCCGUGAAGUUGAGAUUAGACUUACCGUGAGAUUUAACUUUGUAUUUUUGGGCGUUUGGCAGGAUUUAGCUCAAAUCUUGCCUAAAUCUGGCCUAAAUCCUGCAUCCCAACAGGCCCUAUUUUUGCAAGUAACACUACAAAAAUCCCAAUUUGUCGUCGACCUCCUUUGUGUUAGCUCUAUUCGAAGAUUCGGCCCUGCACCUGUCCAUCCGCACGUUCAAGCUAGGCUGUAAUGGACGAAGUUGCACAAGCUGUCGAAGAUGUGAAAAGGACAUGGGAUCAAACUGUGGUUCAAAUUGAGGACCACAUAAAAGAAAUUCAACGUUGUGGGAAAUCUGGAAAGGGAAUUCAGGAAGUGAAUUCUCUCCCUAGACUCAAUAGUGCUGCACAGGAUGGCCUGGCUUUGCUUAGAUCACUGCAGUUUAGGUUUGAUCUUUUGGCUCAACAACUGCCUACGGAAGAAGAAGUAGUGUCUGCUCUAGCAGCCUUAAGCUCUUGGAAAGAACAAUACUUGGGACUGCAUUCAAGCUUGAGAAAUGCAAACUUGCAAGCCAAAAACAACAUUAGAGAAGCUGCUCAGGAAGAGAGAGAGCUACUUUUAGGAGGUGGAGAAGAGUCUACCAUCCGCAGACGUAACUUGCAGACAAAGGCAGGAAUGACAUCUGCUGCGGAAAGCAUUACAGAGAGCCUUCGACGAACACGACAACUAAUGGUUCAGGAGGUGGAAAGAAGUGUAAACACCUUGGUAACUUUUGAGGAAUCAACUGGUGUUUUAAAAAAGGCUGAAAGCGAGUACAAGGGACAACGUUCGCUGCUUAUGCAUACCAGGCGGUUGCUCUCCACAAUGCAGCGACAGGAUGUCAUGGAUAGGGUUAUAAUGGUGGCCGGUUUUCUUAUAUUCAUAUCCGCUGUGUUCUAUGUUGUGUCAAAGCGAAUUGGCCUGCUAGCUUUGCAGAGAAAAAUUGUCACAGCUAUCAAAUCGGGUUCAAUGGGACAUGAAGAUGUGGGCAAAGAGCUCAGUAAAUCAAUAAACAAAGAUCACUUGACCGCUGGACAACCUAAUAUCCUUUUACAUGUUAACGAUGAACUCUAAGGUUUUGUUUGGGACGGCUUUCUUACUGUUUCUCAAAACAGUUUUUUAAUAAAAAAAA